AAGGAGAGAAAGGACAAAUCUUCUCGUUCGUUAUCUAAAUUAGCAGAAGAAAUCAUGUUGGGAAGAUGCCAUAAAAAAGCAAUGGUUGCAAUGCACAGCUCUCGUUAGAGAGUGUUUGGAGCUGAUUAUACCGUAGCCAGAGCGCGAGACCGAGCGAGCGAGUGAGCGAACGCAGGGUCUCUUGACACAAAUGUGAAGUAAGGUUUUGCUGCAGCUAGAGGGCUUCACUGUGCACAUCCCAGUACUGUGCCAGGGCUGCUGCACACCCCAGUGCUGUCUGGGGCUUCACCGCCCCGGCCCCCAGCGCCCCCCCUGCAGCCGCGGCCCCGUCGGGGCCCGCGCAGAGCCGCAGGACGCCUGCCCGGGGCGAGGGCCGUGGCCAUCCCGGGAGCGGAGCUGCUCCCGGCCAGGAUGAUGCCUGCUGCUGCACUACUUCUGCCACCUCCUCUCCAACUUCGCGGGUGAACCCUUCUUCAACACACAGGACCACCCUCUGUCAGGAUGGAGAGCGUGCGUGAGCUCCAGAACCCCCUCUUGGCCAAGACCAACGGGCACCUUCAUGGCGGCUAUUCUUACCACCAGCAUCACAGCCAGGACUACCCCAGCCAUCGCUGCCAGGGGAAACUGUACUCCUACAUCUUCCAGAACACUGGCGGUGCCAGGACUCACCAGCUGCUGGAUGCCAGUUCCCUGCAGCUGGCAGUUGAAGCCUUGUAUGGCCCUAAUUUCAUCCUUGUGAAGGAUGAGACCACUCUCAAGGCCAAGGACAGCAAGACAGAAAGCUGUGAGACCACUUUCACGGAAAGCAAAGAGGCCCCAUCCGAAGGUCCCGAUGGGUGCGACACACAAGGGUCAUGCCUGGUAGAGAGUGACAUCCGCAUCCAAACUGUGUCCUAUGAGGUGGAGGAGGAGGAACUCCAGGAGUAUGAGAGUGAUUCCUCCAGCGACAGUGAAAGCGAGGACCAUUUCCUGAUGCUUCCACCCCGGGACCACCUGGGCCUGGCCCUUUUCUCCAUGCUGUGCUGCUUCUGGCCCCUGGGCAUCGCUGCCUUCUACUUCUCCCAAGGGACCAGUAAGGCUGUCUCCAAAGGAGAUUUCCACCUGGCCAGUUCAGCCUCACGACGAGCUCUCUUCCUCGCUGCGCUCUCCAUAACCAUCGGUACAGGAGUGUACGUCGGGGUCGUUGUAGCACUGAUUGCUUAUCUCUCCAAAGGGGGCCAUGUAUAGCUGCCACCUACACAUUGACACCAUCCCCAGCAGCCAGCCCUCCUGGGAUCGAGCACAGGACGCCAGUACUCUCAAGGGCUACUUGCACAGGAGGAUCCAGGCUUGGAUGCCCUGCACAGGCUCCUUCUCCUUUCAGACAAACAGUAGACCGACCCCUGUUCUCCCUAACGUUGUGGGAUGAUGCCAACUGCCAGCAGGAAAUUCAGCACUGACCUGGGUGCUGGGACCAGGAAGAGCAUGUUUCCCUUGUGAAAGAGGAGCAAGAGUGAUGCUCCAUGCUGCUGCUGGCCUGGUGCCAUGACUCCCAUGCCCACCAGGGCAUUGGUUUCCCUUCCCAGGCCUGCAGCAGACAGAUCCACUGCUUAUUCCCUAGGCUUCACCCAUGAAGGAGGCAUGUGGGGAGGAGAGGGGAUAUGGCACUGGGGAAUCAUCACUCUUUCUUCUGGGAAAUCAGGGUCAUGGUGUGGUUUCAGGACCUCUAUGAUGAGGACAACAUUCUCAUCUGAGUGUCAUGGGGAGGUACCAGCUGCAACAAAGCAGGAGGGCACAGCAUGGACAUGAUGGCAUGCUCUAGGGUACCCUCAGCAUCCCCUCUGCAGAGACACUCCAGAUCUAAGCUAGCUGGGGGCUGGCCCUGCCACUAGACUGGCCUCUUGCCCCUUCCAGAUGAGAAACAAGAAGAAACACGGUCUGGUGGUUGUGCACAGUCACUUGAGUUGUUGAAGCUUGUUAAAGGGAAAGGCAUCAAGGUUUUCUCAAGUGAUAAUAAUGACAAUCAUGGUAAUUGCAACUCGGAGCAUCACUAAGGUUGGCAUCCCACAGUGCUCAGCCCUUCAAAAGACUUGUAGUGGGAAUUUUUGCCCAAGAAGUGACCUAGGAGGGGCAGGGGAGGGAGGCUGGGAGGGAAGCAGAGGGACUCCUGCGCAGACCUCCCAGAUUUUGCUGCAGGACAGGGCUUCACUGCGCCCAGCUUCACUGGGCUUCACUGCCCAGCUCUCCCAAGUGUUGCCUCUUGCCUACAGGUUUGAGAAACAUGAGCCCAGUCACUACCCCUGCCAGGGAAUCCCUCAGGAGAAAAAGGUCAGUCUGCUGCCACAUCUCCUCCUUUCCCAGAAGCCUGAAGGAGGCCGCUCUCAGCGCUAGGUCAGUGGCUUGCGCACAGAGGAGGAUGGAAAGGAAAGGCUCAUGUAACAUGGGGGUGGGAGUGCUGUUUGCGAGGGGACAAAAUCCAGAGAGGGGGAAGGCUUGGAGGGAGCACAACAAGACACAGGGGUGAACCCCAGGACACACCUCUUUCCACACCAUGGAGAAGGGUACGUCCAUCCAUCCAAAGGCCUCUGCUGAUAAGGAAACACCACAUGCACAUGCUUACAUUUUACUUUUGCUUCUUUGUGUAUUGUCAGCAACACGUCAAGUGCUUCAGAGGUGGAUAUGAGGGCAAUGACUCUGCCCCAAAGAGCUUACUUUAAAAGGCCCUGCCCAGCGUCAUCCUCCCUCUCACUACGUCACCCUUGUCCCCGUAUCCCACCUUAUAAUCCCUCACCAUGGCCAUUCCUUCCCUUGCCUCUUCCUUUUUCCCGUGGACAGUGGGCUGUAGGCAGACCCUGGACCUCCCCUCACCCUCUUCCUGGGGUUUCUGUGCACACUGUAGCCAGCUCUGUAAGAGGCGCAGCAUGCUCCUCAAGCUGUGUAUCAUUCAAAUGUACAUUUCAUCCUGAAGAAGCAUGUUAAUGUCUGCAAUUUCUGUUGUACUUGAGCCAUAAAAGAGAGAAGCACAUCAGAGACCUGUUCAGAAGCUAUUCUGAAGGUUCCCAUUAUGUUUUAUAACACAGAAGAGCUAAUAAAAGAGAAGGAAAAAAAAGAGUAUGUUUAUAAUAACAUGGAGCUGGAUAGCAAGGAGGUGAGCUUUGCACGCUGCUCCAGGAGUGCUGAAAACACUUAAAGCUGAAGAUGUUCAUGCAGUUCCCUAAGGAAGUUAUAAUCCAGCUGGUGUCUGGGCAACUCAGAGGGAGAUGUACAGCAAUGUAGAUCACAGCAAGAGGCUAACACUGGGAACAGCAUGGUAAUGUAGGCCUCUUGCCGUGUGUGGAUGGACAAGAAUUAUGCAGAGCAAGAGACAGGAGUAUCAUUUACAUUCAGUCUGCUCUGUGUAUAGUAGAAGCAUAAAAUAAAAUGUGCUUAAAAGGGAUGGAAAAAUAUGAACACCAGGAAUGAAUAAACAGGCCUUGCUUAUGAUGGUGGAGCAAAUAGAGGCUGAGCUCACAAGGAAGGACCAGGGGGUCCAGAAGACAGAAGGUUGCUUAGAGAGGAGAGACUAGGGGCAACCUCAUCCAACAGCCAAGGGAUAGUUUUCAUUCCCUUUUCCUCCACAUAGUCAGCCUUCCUGGUUUGUUUGUCCCUGAAAAUAAGCGAGCAGGACAGGAAAAACAGAGAGCGGGCAAAGAGCUGCUCUAAGGACUGCAGCAGGCUUAUCAUACAGGGAGCAUGGUGGGGUUCAAAAGGGAAGAGUUUUAUCCUAAAUCUGAAUUUCUUACGCUGCACAAACUAAAAGCAGAGGGAUUGUCAUGCUUUGAGCCAUAAACCACCCCCAGGGCCAUAAGCAAACCUCACCUACAGCAAUGCCCAGGUGCCCAGGCACAGUGGGGGCACCCACUGGAGGACAGGGCCCCGGGCAGCCAGGAGCCAUGGGCUGGAUGCUCAGUGGUGGUGGGAACUGGUGAGCUGGGGCCGCAUGCGCUGAGGACAGGAGGGUGAACCCCGAGUAGUACAUGUAGCAGAGAAAGGUCAGUGCAUGGAUAAAACCCCAGAGGACCAUGAGAUUAAUGAAUACAGUCUCCCACAGAACUGGAUGCUGUUACAGAGCAUGCGAAGGCCAUGCUGGGGCUGGUGGAGGGCACGCACUCCUCGCUGCAGUCUACUCCACGUACCACUUCUCACCCUCGCAGAGGCAUCCCAAGCCUUCACUGGGGGUCAUUUGUAGUGGAAAGGAGCCUGCUGCACUAUUUCUAUUUCCGCUAUUUCCCUAUUUCCGCUCACAGGAGAGCGAGUCUCAGUACCACCAGGACAGGAAUGAAAAGUCCAGCACCCCCAGCCUCUCCGUGGGGCCUGGUACCAUCAGGUGCAGCGUGACCCACUCAUGUCCCCCUGCUCAGUGGGGUCCUAGCUAAGGGCAGCUGUCCCCACCUCUCCGCUCACACACUCCCUGCCGGCAGCUGUCCCUCUGGGCAGAGCAGGGACCGGCGCAGAGCCCCACCGCCGGCCGCUGAGCGAGGCGAGAUGCGCUUUCCCACGGGGCGCAGCAGCCCUGGCACCCGGUGGCGGGUGGCAGCUCCCCGGAAAUAGAAAGUCCAGACAAAACUGUUCAGCCUGCUUGACCGGAAUUGGAAAUGAGACACUGCCUUCGCCUGUGAAUACAUAAGUCUCCCAGAUCGCUUCCUCCGGGGUACCGGCGAGC